AUGCACGAAUUCCUGUCGAAUGGGCUGCUUGAAGUCAAUCCAGAGGGCCCGCAUCCUAUCUACCAGCUCAUCGAAUUUUCGGAGAAGAAGUGGGAAGCCAAGCUCCAGCGAGCGAGUAAGACCCUGGACGAAGCGGUCGUCGAAUAUGAGCGCCGGUAUAAACGGGCUCCUCCUCGUGGAUUUGAUAAAUGGUGGGAAUAUGUUGAGAAGCACAACGUUCAGCUUCCAGACGAGUAUGAUCAGAUAUACCGAGACCUCGAGCCUUAUUGGGGCGUCAGUCCAGUUGAUCUAAUAAGGAUCGUCAGCGAAUGGGAAGGUCACGACGAUACCUUUACUCUUGGUAAAGAGGAAGGUCAUCGUAUCAGACUUGUCAACUAUACUAUCCGCGACCCCAGCACCCACGAUCACAUCUUGAGUGGUACCCGCAUGCUUAGCGAACUGCUCGAAGACGUCGACGAUUUCCUACCGCCCUUCCGCGCCGUUUUCCAUCCGCAUGACAACCCUGAGCACGUUACUGACUGGGAACUGCGGGAAAAAAUGCUCGAACACGCUCGUGCAGGAACUUAUAUCGAUGUCGACAACCCUGUUGUACCCAUCAAAUAUGACGGAUGGAUCUCAGGCUGUGACCCAACUUCCCUCGCCCGGAGAGAUCCCAUCGACUUUACAUUUAAUGUAUCCUGGCCACUACCGCCACCUGACUCUCCCAAAACCUUCAUCUUCGACCACCGAAAGGCAAUGGAUCCUUGCCUGCACCCACACAUCCUUCGCGAGCACGGACAGUUCCUCCCCUUCGGUAAAGGACCCAUUCCCUCCCGCCACAUGCUCCCUUCCUUCGCUUACUCCCAAACCUUACUGCAUCACGACAUCACGAUUGCACACAGGGCCAGCUGGUUAGGCGAGCUCUCUGACGAAGAGGCCGUCGUAUGGGAGAAGAAGACUGAUGAUCGACUGCAGUGGCGAGGCCGUACAACGGGGAUUUCUCUCGUUCGGGAUAUGGAGUGGCGUUUUUCGCAUCGUAUACGGAUGAUGGAUUGGGUUGAGGGGGGUAUGGAUGGGAACGUGACGAUUUUCGCACCACCGAGGUCGAGAGAGGAACGGGUGGGGAAGGGCGAAGUGGUUAGGAAGGCGAGGUAUGGUCCGGCAAUGCUUGAUAUGGCGUUCUCGGAUGAUCCUGUACAUUGCGAUCCUGAGGUUUGCGAGGCUCUGGCGAAGUCAUAUGAGUUUGCGAAACAGCAGUCGCAGAAGGAGCAGGCAAGGUACAAGUAUAUUUUUGAUGUCGACGGCAACGCAUGGUCCGGACGUUUUAAAUGGCUCUUGUCAUCUCAUGCGCUCAUCUUCAAGUCAACUGUCUAUCCCGAAUGGUUUACAGAUAGGCUCAUGCCAUGGGUCCAUUACGUCCCUAUACAAGUAGACUACUCAGAUCUCUGGGACGCACUCGUGUUCUUCCAUGGUGAUCUGAAGGGGGACAACGACCGUGAAGAUCUCGCAAGAAAGAUUGCUUCCGCCGGCCGGAAUUGGAGUCGCACCUUCUGGAGAAAGGAGGAUAUGACUGCGUAUAACUAUAGAGUGUUCCUGGAGUACGCCCGGAUUAUGAGCACAGAUCGGGUCGCAAUGAGCUAUAACCAUUGGGAGAAGUCAAGGUAG